CUUGGUUAGUUCGCCACGAGCAUUGGCCCAGGCACUCAGGCAGCAGGAGCGAAUCCUUCCCUCAACCCACACCAGAACAGAAAAGGAUAAUGACAGGCGCCCAUUGAGCCGGCAAAUUCAAUCGUAAAUUUAAUCGACAGAUAAAAUGGAUAAAGUUAAGAGCACAAUGGAUUCGAAAGGCGAUGUAAGAUUUCAAUAUCUGGCUGCAAUAUUCGUAAACAUCGUAUCCGUAUCCUUUGGCGCCUAUUGCGGCUGGCCUUCAUCUAGUUUUCUGGAACUGAGCAGCGAUGCGAGUCCGCUGGAGACGGGUCCCCUCAGCAAGCAGGAUCAGGGCAAUGUGGCAUCGGUGCUCUGUCUUGGCGGAGUUGUGGGCAAUGUGUUCUUCCUGUGGCUGGCCGAGAAAAUUGGCCGAAGGCAAUCGAUGCUCUGGGUGGCGCUGCCCUCGCUGCUGGGCUGGAUUGGCAUACCCUAUGCACGCAACCCGACGCAUCUGAUAGCGGCGCGAUUUCUGGGCGGCAUGGCCGGCGGCGGCUGCUUUGGCGUGAUACCCGUUUACACGGCAGAGUUGGCCGAGGACAGCGUACGCGGCAUAUUGGGCACGCUGCUGGUGCUCUCCUGCAAUGUGGGCGUGGUCACGGCCUUUGUGCUGGGCUAUUAUUUCAACUAUGCGACCGUAGCGUGGAUAGUGUCCGUGCUGUCGAUAGUGUUUCUGGUUUGCUUCUGGUUCAUGCCCGAGACGCCGCAACAUUUGGCGCAGCAGCACAAGCUGCAGGAGGCGGAGCAUGCCUUGCGCUAUUACCGCAACAUACGUGCCCGCCCCUCCAAGGAGCUGAGCGACCAGCUGCAGCUGGAGCUGCACAAGCUGCGCGCGCCCGAAAAGGCCGACGAGGCCGGCGACGAUAUCGAUGACAGUGCUGUCACCUGGGCGGACUUUGCGGAUCGUAGGGCGCGCAAGGCGUGCUUCAUUGGACUGGGCCUGCUGGCGGCCAAUCAGGGCUGCGGCUGCUUUGCCAUGCUCAACUACACGGCACUGAUAUUCGAGAAGUCCGGCUCCAGUCUGUCGCCCACCGUCUCCGCGAUAAUCGUCGGCUUCAUACAGCUGGUGGGCUCCUAUGUGGCCACGUUGCUGGUGGAGCGUGCGGGCCGCAAGCUGCUGCUGCUCGUCUCCGCGGUGGGCAUUUGCCUCAGCCAGGUGGUCAUGGCCAGCCACAGCUACCUGAAGGUGCUGGGCUAUGACACGGCGGGCUUCGAUUGGGUGCCCAUUGCUGCCUUCUCCUUUAUGCUGUUCAUCGCCUCGUGGGGCCUGUUGACGCUGCCGUUUCUGGUCAUAUCCGAGAUAAUGCCGCCAAAGAUACGCAGCAUGGCCAGCAUGCUGCUCAUGUCCAUACUCUGGCUGCUCUCCAUGCUAACCAUUAAGCUCAUACCACUGCUGACCGCUGCGUGGGGCAUGCAUGGCACUGUGCUGCUCUUCGCCGGCUGCUCCCUGGCCGGAGCGCUUUUUAUUGCCAUCUUUCUGCCCGAGACGAGGGGCAAGACUAUUGAAACCAUUUUGGCCAGCUUAUAGUCAUUAAGCUAAGCUUAGCAACAGCUGUUAAUUGUUUUCUUUUUGUUUUUAAUUUAAUUUUUGUUUUUAUUACAAUACGGCGGGUAUUACCCAAA